AUGGCUCAAAUCGGGAAUACAAGUCAAAUAUUAGUAGAUACUACAGAUGUUUUUACAACUGAUCAAAAAUUUGCUACACCGGAUGCUGUUCUCACAUGGGCUCGAGAUGUUGGAGAUGCCAACAAAGUCAGUAUUAUCAUUACUCGGUCAGAUAAAAAGAACGGAAUAAGAGGUAGAAAUGACAAGUUGAUUUUAGGUUGUGAUAAAGGUGGAAUGUAUGACUCUUCAGAAAGUUCCACGACAACUGCAUCGAAAAAAUGUAACUGUCCAUUUAAAAUUAGAGCUGCACCUUCAACAGAUGGUUCAGGAUGGAAAGUUCAGGUUAUUCAUGGAGUUCACAACCACGGGCUACCUGACCAAUAUCAUGGUCAUCCUCGCAAGGCACGUUUAACCGCCGAUGAAAACAAACGUGUUCAAGAUUUGACAAAGCGUAAAGUAGCACCAAGACACAUUGUUUUAGAUUUGAAAGAUCAAAAUCCAGAGUCUGUUGUUGAUGCCACACUUGUAUAUAGGAAAAGACACAUGAUGCAAAUACAGGAAAGAGGCUCCAGAACAGAGCUGCAACAAUUGCUGCAGUUGUUAGAUGAUGGAAAAUAUGUCAGCUGGAAUAGAAGAAAAGAUGAUGGCUCCGAUGUUUUGAGUGAUAUUUUAUGGGCGCAUCCAGAUUCAAUCAAGUUGUUGAACUUGUUUCCCAUUGUUUUGGUUAUGGACUGCACAUACAAAACUAAUAAAUAUAGACAGUCACUUCUUGAAAUUACUGGCAUAACGUCAACUAACAUGACAUUUGCUGUUGGAUUUGCUUACAUGGAAUCUGAGAAGACUGACAAUUAUCAUUGGGCGUUAGGUAAGUUGAAGAAAUUGAUUACUAAGCAAGAUAUAUUUCCUAGAAAGGUGAAAAAUUUGUGGAGAGAUGUUGUUGAAAGUCCGAAUGAGGUGGAGUAUCAGCAGCGGUUGAAUGCGUUUCAGCAAGCAUGUGUUAAUUCAAGCAAUUUUGUCGAAUAUGUCAAUAACACCUGGUUGGCCCCUCACAAAGAACAAUUUGUUGAAGCAUGGACCAAUCGAGUGAUGCAUUUAGGAAACACAACGACUAAUAGAGUUGAGUCUGCACAUUGGAGACUGAAGCAAAUGUUGGAACACAGCAAAGGAGACUUAUGCAAGUGUUUGGAAGGCAUGAAUGACAACAUAAUACUAGAAGUUGACAAAAUUAAGAAGUCUUUUCAAAAGAGUUUUUACUAUGCAGAAAAGACACACAACAGUCCAUUUUUUCAAUAUUUGAGAAACUUUGUCUCCAGGGCAGCUAUGACACUAAUUUCUGAUGAGAUGAAGAGAAUUGACAUUGUUGGAACAGAUAAAAACUUGUGUGGUUGCAAACUUAGGUCAACAUGUGAGUUACCUUGUGCUUGUGAAUUGAGUGGAUAUACAACCAGCGGUGUACCGAUACCAUUAGAUUCAGUUCACGGUCACUGGAAGAAAUUAACUAUGGAAGAACCAUUGGAGGAUGACACAGAGGAUGGAUAUGAGUUGGACAUGAGUAAUGCAAUGGAGAGCGUUGAAGAGUAA